AUGGGAGGAGUUUUUUCUAUGAGCAGUACACGCAAACUGAUAGACAAUGACUACCAGGCAAUUCCAUAUGCAUACUGCACAAAGUUGAAUGACAGAGAACUGAAGUUUGCCCAGACAGUGAUUUUUACUGUAGAAGAGAUCAACAGAGACACUAAGCUGCUUCCUGGAGUGAGUCUGGGCUAUAGGCUGUACGACGGUUGUGGAAGUGAAAACCUUAUACGAGCAGCUGUAGAAGCUGUGAAUACAGAGGAUUCAAAGAGCUGCAGUGGGCAGAUCCAGGCUUUCUUAGGCCACUCAUCCUCAGGAGUGAGCAAAGGCAUAAACAGCAUACUAAGCCCACUGUCAAUUCCACAGGUUAGCCAUCUUUCAACCUGUGCUUGUUUGAGCAACAGAAGACUAUACCCUUCCUUCUUCAGAACUGUGCCAAGCGACCGUUUCCAAAUAAUUGGUCUGGUGCACCUUAUGAAAUACUUUGACUGGAAAUGGGUUGGGAUUAUUUAUUCUGAAGGUUUGUACUCCAAGAAAGGUACAUCUGACUUUGUUAAGGAAGCAAUGAAAGUGGGCAUAUGUGUUGAAUACAGACUACCUUUCUCUAAGACAUCCAAAAAUAAAUUUGGCACUAUUGUAGAGAGACUGAGAGACUCUUCGUCAAAGGUGGUCCUGUUGUUUAUGUCCUUGUCUUACACUAAAUCAUUCCUGUCUAAAAUGGAAAAUUAUAACAUAACUGGGAAGCAGUGGGUCGGCAGUGAGUCUUGGAUCACACAAGCAGACCUGGCUUCUGUUGAGAGAAACAACAUUUUACAGGGGGCUAUAGGCUUUGCCCUCCCUCAGGCAUCCAUACCAGGUCUUGGUGAAUUCUUACUCAGCUUGAAACCUUCUGAUGAGCCACAGAGUGAUAUAAUUAAAGCUAUCUGGGAGAAAUUCUUUGACUGCAGCUUCUCUCCAUCAAAUACCUCUGCGAUGUGCACUGGCACAGAGGAUCUCAGGACAGUGUCCAGUGACUACACAGAUGUGACACAUUUCAGGCCCGAGAAUAAUGUGUACAAAGCUGUGUACUUGGUGGCAUAUGCCCUUCAUGCACUACUGCAAUGUGAGAAUGGGUCUAAUCCCACAACAGGAAAGCCCUGUGUGAACAAGAGUGAAGUUCGGCCUAAGUUAAAUGGGGCCAAAGUUUUCUUUGAUGAAAAUGGAGAGUCAGUUGCCCAGUACGAUUUAGUUAACUGGCAGAUGAAAGAAGAUGGUUCUGCUGAGAUUGUGAAUAUUGGUCUAUACGAUACCUCUUUUCCUGAAGGGGAAAAAUUCAAACUAAAAGACAAUGCCAAAAUAGUAUGGGGAGCAAAUAGUAAUGAGGUGCCAAGGUCUGUCUGCAGAGAACCAUGUCCACCGGGGACUCGUAAGGCCACAAACAAGUUCAAGCCGGUGUGCUGUUUUGAUUGCUUCGAAUGCCCUGAGGGAACAAUAAGUAAUCAGACAAAUUCUCCAAACUGUUUGAGCUGUCCUCCUGAAUUCUGGCCAAACGAAAAGAAAGAUCAGUGUCUUCCAAAACCUUCUGAAUACUUGUCCUACAAAGAGGUCAUGGGGGCACUUUUAACUGGAUUUGGCUGUAUCGGUGUAUUUUUAUCCCUUCUGACAUCAAUCAUUUUUUUGACUCAUAAAGAGACUCCCAUUGUAAAAGCCAACAACUCUGAGCUGAGCUUUCUGCUACUGUUCUCAUUAAAACUGUGUUUCCUGUGUUCUCUGACCUUCAUCGGCCGGCCCUCUGAGUGGUCCUGCAUGCUGCGACACACAGCAUUUGGGAUCACCUUUGUCCUCUGUAUCUCUUGUGUUCUGGGGAAAACUAUAGUGGUUUUAAUGGCCUUCCGAGCAACACUUCCAGGCAGCAAUGUGAUGAAAUGGUUUGGUCCUACACAGCAGAGGCUCAGUGUUCUCACUUUCACCCUCAUUCAGGUUGUGAUUUGUAUCCUUUGGCUGACAAUCAGCCCUCCAUUUCCAAAGAUGAACAUGAAGUACUAUAAAGAAAAGAUAAUCUUAGAGUGUGCACUGGGUUCAUCCGUUGGAUUCUGGGCUGUGUUGAGUUAUAUUGGACUUCUUGCUCUCUUGUGCUUUAUACUUGCUUUUCUUGCUAGGAAGCUGCCAGACAGCUUUAAUGAAGCCAAACUGAUAACCUUCAGCAUGCUGAUAUUCUGUGCAGUCUGGAUCACAUUCAUCCCAGCAUAUGUCAGCUCUCCUGGCAAGUUCACUGUAGCUGUGGAGAUAUUUGCUAUCCUGGCAUCCAGCUUUGGAUUGCUGGCGUGCAUUUUUUUCCCAAAAUGUUAUAUUAUUAUCUUCAGGCCAGAACAAAACUCAAAAAAACAUAUGAUGGGGAAAAUACAACCAAGGAUUCUGUAA